GUUCAAAUGAGUGCUGGGAAAGAUGGUGGAUUGUCUGUGGUUAUGAACGGCAAGUCACGAGGUUACCGCCAUAUUGGAUUUCAAAACUGCCUUAAAAACAUAUUUUACGAAGAGCUCACUUGCUUAUUUUAGUUCGUAUGGGGCUUUCAUAUAUCACAUUAUGUUGACAAAACUUCAAUCUUUUGAUUGGUCUGCUUAAUGAUGUAAUUAUAUUCUUGUUUCACCAAUUAAGUAUCGAGUGAAUAAGGCCGAGCCACGCGAUGACGAUGGAUCGACUGCGAUUGUUUACCCUAUUACCUAGCCAUCAAAUUCAUUGAAAGUGCACUAAAUGCCAAGUAGGCUACACCAGCAAACUACCUAUUCCGUUAUCCAGUGUGGGUGUUAAAACUCCUGACUUAGGUACGAAAUCAUGAGCUGUGGCUGUGUAACAACACUUGAACAAUGUUUACAUAUUGUGUAACAACACAACUCGUUGGCUAGUUAGAUAGCUAGUAGAAAAUGACUGGCGAAGGAUGCCUGCUUGUCAUUGUACUUGAUGUACAUCCACAGUUAGCAGAACAACAUACUUUUGUUCAUAGUUACUUCAAUGCCGUUAUUUCAUUUGCUAAUAUACAUCUAGCAUUCAAUCGUAUGAACAGAGUGGCAAUUGUUGCAGCCAAUCACCUAGAGACCCGUUUUUUAUAUCCCCAGACAACAGGAGAAAAAGUAGACCGCCAGAAAGAUGGAAGACUGGAAUACUUAAAUCAUGUUGAUGAAAGCAUUGAAGAGGAAUUAAAGCAAAUGCUUUCACGUGAUCAUAAUGCCAGACAAACAGAAUCCCUCCUCUCUGGAGCUAUUUGUCGAGGACUUCUGUAUAUUAAGAGGCUGGAGAGUGAAGAAGCAAUUAGUCGAAGGAUAAAUGCUAGGCUAUUGGUGAUAAAAUAUUCAU